UUAAUUGGUAACCGCAUGCGCAAAUCCCCUCUCCCCCAACCCGGCCCUAAAUAUUUCUUUAAACUCAAACUCCGAUCCAUGCCCAGUCAAUACAUCUGUAUCGUUCAAACCAGCAUGACAUCUGAGCCAUCCCAGCAAGCCCUCCCAUUCCCCAUCGUCUACCAACACGAAGCUAAUAUAAACUAUGAGCUCCAAUACACCCGUUGGCUACUCACAGUCCUCGGAGUUUGGCCAAUGAUGACAAACGACGUGACAAAACGUACAAAGAUAUUCUCAAUUCUUCUCAUCGGCAUCAGCAUUCUCGCAAUAGCUUUCAUCCUCGUUCCUAUCACGGUCUUCAUGUUCGUGAAGAUGAAGACCCUUCGAACUCGUCUCGGGUUCAUUGGCCCGAUAGGAUUUCGCAUUUCAAAUAUGUUUAAAAUCAUCAUGAUGAUGUAUCGGGCUCGUGUCAUCAAGGAGUGCAUCAACCAAGUCAAGUUUGAUUGGUUGUCAGUGACAAUCAGAGAUGAAGAGAAUGCCAUGUUUAGGAGUGUAAUUCUGGGACGUACUUUGACGAUUGUAUGUGGAAUUUUCAUGCUCUCCGGUGGUGUUUUUUUUCACAUUGUCAUGCCACUCCUUAAGCCCCGGAAAUUUAACGCUUUCAAUGUGACAAUCAGACCCCACGCCUAUCCUGGCUACGACUUCUUCGUCGACUCCCAAGCAACUCCGGCUUAUGAAAUCAUCUUCAGUGCUCAUUUUUUAUGUGCUACAAGUGGAUACGUUGUUGUUACUGCUUCGUGUAAUUUAGCCGCUGUAUUUGUCUCUCAUAUUUCGGGACAGGUACAAGUUAUUAAGCUGAAAUUGGCGAGACUUCAGCAAAAUGAUGGUGAAAAGACCGAGGAUUUGAGUCGACAAAUUGCUUCGAUCGUUAAAUCUCACGUGAGAAUAUUAAAAUUCUCUGAUAAAAUAAAAAUGGUGUUUCGCGAAAUAUGUUUGGUAGAAGUGGUGCUAUCAACCAUCGUCAUCUGCUGGCUAGAGUUCUAUUGUAUAACGGAAUGGAAGAACAGUGCUACCAUAUCCAUAGUCGGGUAUUGCGUGAUUCUCGGAUCAUUUUCGUUCAAUGUUUUCAUCUAUUGUUAUAUCGGACAAAUAUUGACGGAUCAGUGCGAGUCUAUCGGACAAAUGGCCUAUAUGAUCGAUUGGCAUCGAAUUCCACCGAGAAAUAUAUUAUCACUCAGCAUGAUCAUCUCGAUGGCGAGAUAUCCAAGGCACAUAACAGCUGGGGGCAUGAUCGACCUCACAAUUCGAAGUUUUGGAGAUGUCAUGAAAACGUCUAUUGCUUACUUGAAUGUGCUGACAGCUAUUACCGCAUGAUUCAGACAAUGGAACGGAAUUGCAGGCAAUUGAAGAAUUUUUUUCAUUGAAUCUGUUCAGAGAGAAUUCAUGGAUGUGAUGGGGCUAUUGGGCUUUUGGCAAUUUUUCACAUUUUGUUCCACUAUCGCAUUUGGGAGAUUUGGAAGAAAAAAUGAUAGGGAACUGACAAUUCUACUAUGUUUUUAUAAAGUUAAGAUUUUACGAAUGGCACACAUGAAAGGUAAUCAAUGUUCAUAACUGAGAAAUAAAUCUACG